AUGCCACGAAAAAAUGUCGAGCCUGUACGUCGAAGUGCAGAGAGAGCAGAGCCUAUCAUUGUUCCCGCUCGUGGAAAACAGCUGUUUGACUGGGACGAUAUGGGUCUAGGCCUUGAGUGCCCUCUGAGCAGUUCUGCAUCUGUAUACUCUGAUUCAAGUUCGGAUCAAAGGGAAUUUGAAAUCAAACCAGUGGCCACUAAACGUAAGAAUAACGUUGACCGUGGGACCUUUGAGUGGGUACGCAACCUCAUCGACUGUCGGAAGAUUAAGAACCAGAGGGCAACCCUUGAUGACCAUGCUUUUCGAACGACAGGCAAAGGAUGGCUGCAUGAUCAACACAAAGCUCUCGACGAAAACUCAAUUCCCGUCACGUUUAAGUGUAUCCUCGCUGCCAGCGGUGUGUCAAAGAUUUUCAACAGAUGCCGGGAUGACUUCAAGAAGCCAGAGUACCGCUCCCGGUAUUGGUCGUGGUCCGUGAACUUCAUUCUUUUGCUCGACUAUUUCAUUGACCACGGCAACAUCAAGGUAACCGAGAAGGUAUCUCGGAAGUAUCAGCCCCUCUUGUCCUUUCUCGAAACGUGCAAGGAACACAAAAAAGAGGGGAUAUUGACCACGCAGAAGGAGCAGCUGUUGACUGCCCUCGGGAUUGUUUGGCUCAAGGAAGCUUCAUCUGAUGACGAGGUCUACGUCUCUGACGAUGACAGCUUUGAUGGGGAUAGUCAAGGAGACGAGACUUGGGAAAUGCCUACCAAGCACAGGUCAUCACGAAGACCAAAAACUGUGUCACAGCGACGUCGCUCAAAGAAACGAGCAAGGGGGUCCUCUUCCGGUGAAGCUCUCCCCCUUGAUAGUAGGGAUGAAAGUCCGCCGCCUUAUCGUACACCAAUAAUGCAGACUCCCAGGUCCUUGAAAACUUGGGCUCAGCAAAUGCUGCGAGUUCGUCGACACUAUCGAAAGCAGAGAGGUGAGGAUGACUUGUACGACGUACCAUCGGACCAGCUUUCCCUUCGGAUAUGGAUGAAUGCGGAAACGGCGAGAUGCAGCACUGGCACUCUCAGCCAGAUAUGCUGUGCAAUUCUGAAGGCAGCUGAAAUGGCCAGCUCAGAGGACGUGGGGCUACUAGAUCCGGAAAGCGAAUUAUGGGCGAAGGGUUUUGUCGCUUUUCUGGAUUACGUCAUCAGGCAGAAACAGCCUCGCGAAGAAGCUGUGAACUUCCUGUGUGCUUGUAGAAGGGCUGUGUUUCGGGGUACGCUCUCGACCGAUCACGAUGCUCUCCUACGCGGGGUUAUCGAGAAUUGGUUUGAGUCCCAAGAGAUGAAGACUUGUGUGCGAAUCCGCGAAGACGCUCGCCAGCAGCAACUUGCAAAUCCCAAGCGACUGGGCAGUGGCCAUAUUCUGGAUCUAGCAGACUUAGACGGUCAUGUGUCGGACGAAUUUAAUGGACAUGUGGUAGAAGUCGUAUUAGAUUCUGGAACAUACAAUAUAGACGAAAAGUUUGAUCGCACGAAGCGAAGGAGAACUGCAAAACUCGUGCGGCAAAACCUUUCAUCGAUGAUCGAGGGAGAGGUUGCCAUCAACGUUGAGGGUAGGAACCCGACUGCGGCAGAAAGAAAUGCCAAAGAAUGGGUCCUACGUGCUGGAGCCAAGGACUUCGAUGUAUAUGCCAGAAACUGGUUUCGUGCAGCCAAUUCGUACAAACAUGGCAAUGUCCUUGUUUAA